AUGACAUUUGCCGAGCUCAUUCAGAAACUUACAGCACAUUUAAGCCCUAAACCCUCAGAAAUUACUGAACGUUUUCGUUUUCAUAAACGAGAUCAGACUGCAGGGGAGAGCGUGACAGUUUACAUGGCAGAAUUACGUCGUUUAGCGAUACACUGUAAUUUCGAGGAUUCGUUGAGUAAGACUUUGAGAGACAGAUUUGUAUGUGGCUUAAAGCAGGAACACAUCCAGAAACGACUGCUUGCCGAAUCACAGUUGGAUUUAGAAAAAGCCAUUCAGACAGCUGUCGCCAUGGAAACGGCAAGUCGCGACGCACUAGAAUUACAGGGAAAGCGUGAAAGUGUAAGUAACCUUUCUGUGAAUAAAACAAAGAAAACGAACUAUGGUAAAAUGAAACCCAGACCAGUACACAAAACAGUACAGGGAAAAUGUUACAGAUGUGGAGGGGAACACAGAGCAAAUGACUGUAAACACACAAACACAAAAUGUAGGUAUUGUUCAAAAGUUGGACAUUGGAGAGAGUGUGUCUUAAGAAGAAGCGUGAAAACGGGGGGAAAACUGAAUUACGUUGACACAGAUGAAUACGGAAUCGACAACUAUGAGGAUAAUGGUGGUUAUCUGCUGCAUUUCUCAAGCUACUACAGAGAUGUGAACAAAGUCUCAAUAGACUCCAUCAUUGUGACUCCGAAAAUUGCAGGAUCUGACAUUCCUAUGGAAGUUGACACAAGAUCUGCUGUGUCGAUCAUCUCUAAGACAACGUUGUACAAAUUCCUUAAGUCAUACACCCUGGAGGAUACGGAUACUCGGUUAAAGACAUACAGUGGGGAGCAGAUCCGACCAGUUGAUAAGAAAGUGUUUGAACCAGGAAUCGGAAAACUGUCGGACAUCAAAGGAAAACUUACAAUGCAGGAUGGUGUGAGACCAAAAUUUGACAAGGCCAGAGAAGUGGCAUAUUCCCUCAGAUUUCGUGUGGAGGAGGAACUCAACAGAUUACAGCAGGAAGGCGUCAUCUCACCUAUCGAGUUUAGUGAUUGGGCAACCCCAAUAUAA